CGAGCCAGCCACGGCCACAGAUCGGCUGCCAACUAGACCAGAACUCAACCCCAUUGCCUCUCAUCAAGCCGAUCGCACUCCGGGUCGCCGAGACAGACGACGCCAUGGACGACUUUAUCGAUCCCUCGCGCAGCAACCCUCUGCAGGGAUGGACCUGCUCAUCCAACGAAGCCGUCAGCUUCGCCCUGGUCAUGCCCGACGACAUUGUCUCCGGGACGAUCGACGAGUCCAUCACGUUUUCGCCAAAGUACACCUAUCCCUUCUUUGGGCAAGAGGAGCUCAUAUUCGGAUACAAGGGGCUAUCGAUCGAGCUCUACUUUACAUCUGGCUCGCUGUAUCCCUACUUCAACGUGAGCUACGAGGAUAAAAUCACACUCGAGAUCGCCGGAUCGCUAUGCAAGGCACAGGAACUGCUGCCGCCGCUGUUGGAAAAGUGGCCUCAGUCCUCGUCGGGACAGCUGUGGACCAACGAUAUGAGCUACUUUCGAAAGAGAGUCGAGGAAGAUGCCAAGACCUUCCGACCGAUGGGGACCAAGAUCUUCGAGUACGAGAAGGACGACGCUGUCUACGAGAUCUACCAUUGCACCUUUGAUACACCCAGGUUCAAGGAGUACCACCGUCGACUACAGUUCUUCCUGCUGUUCUAUAUCGAGGCUGCUUCGUACAUCCAGGAGGACGACAAGCGCUGGGAUAUUUAUCUUCUGUUCGAAAAGGUCAACGAGGGAGGCAGGCUCUUCUACAACAUUGUCGGAUACACGACCUGCUAUCGCUUUGUGUACUUUGAGAGGUGCGCAAUCGACAGAGAGAGCGAGAGCAGAGGCGAGAGCCCGAACACUGCUGCAAGAACCAGAAUCCGGAUCAGUCAAUUUUUGAUUCUGCCGCCGUACCAGGAAAACGGCCACGGCAAGAUGCUCUAUACGACACUGUUUUCGCUUUGGCAGAGCGAUGCAGAUAUCGCAGAUAUUGUUGUCGAAGACGAGAACGACGGCUUCGCAACCCUGCGGGAUCGAUGUGAUCUGCGGUACCUGAUGGCCAAGAACGCCUUUGCCGGUGUCAAGUUCCCGAUGACGCUCCAUGAUAUUGCAGAGUUUGGGAAGCCACACAAGAUUGGACGGAUGCAAGCCGAGCGACUGCUCGAGCUCGGUCUCUUGAAAAGCCUCGCACCCAGCGACAAAGCCAGCUACCGCAAGCAAGUCAUCAGGCGACUCUACCAGUACAACGAGACGGAGCUCUCGGGACUGGAGCCCGCAGAAAUGAAGAAGAAGCUGAACGAUGCGUACAGCGCCAAACUGGAGGAAUACCGAGAGGUCCUCAACACCAUCUGAUCGGGACGGGAGAACAUAUCCACCGUGGGCGAAUGUGCGGACACUCGGGGGGAACCAAGCGGGAUGGAAAGGAGGGGAACAUGCCGAUGAAUGUCCGUCAUGACCGAUUCAACAAGCCAGCGUGUUCGGCAGAUGGGCGUGCGCUUGGGCCUUUGAUGGCUGGUGGGCGGGGCUGUGUGAAUGCCAGCGUCUUUGAGCAUUCAACAGUUGCAUCAGCACAG